AUGUCUCAAUCAUAUUGGAAGUCGAUGGCCAGCCCCACGGCGCCUCCUGGGAGCCCUGAACUCCUGAACAGCCCAAAGGUCAACGCACCGGAACAGUCAGGUGGUUGGGUCCAUCAAAUGAUUCUGACCCGAACGCCGCCUCACUCGCCGCCUAACUCGGCGUCAGCUUCGGACAUUGGGGCCGACUACGACCACCACCCCAGGCCGCCGAUAAGGUCGGCUACCAUCCUUCAUACGCCCCCUCGCUUUACUCCAGAGCGUACCGCCACUCCUUCUCCUCCUCCUCUUCCUCCUCGUAAACGGGCGUUGAGCCCCCAUCCGGAUUCGCGCUCAGCCAAGCGACUGAAGACUCCACCAACCUCGACGACCGCGUGGUCUGAAGAUGAUGCCCCGCAUUUUGACGACGAUGAGGCCACACAGUGCGGGGAUGACCAUUACCAAGGUGGCCUCACGCAGGAUUACAAUGAUAGCCUGAGGGCUAGACAACCCAUCAUCGACCUGACUGGGACAACCGGUUGGCUAUCCGGUAUCCUCAGCACGACAGACCCCGCGAGCAUGAGAAGGGAGCUAAGGGCCAGGGGGCCACGGUACUCCGUCUACGUCGCCGACAAUUUCACCGAGGAUGAGAUUAGAGAGCAGUUAGAACAACUGCUGAAAACAGCCCGCGCCUACUAUCUCCCAGCCGACCCGAAAGAACCACAGCGAGUGGUUCACCCGGAGGAAGGGGCCAGCAGCCUGCACAUUCUCGAAACCUUUUUCGAUAAGUACGUGAAUUCGGCCAAAGACGAGGACCCCCUGUUCGAUGAGGAGGAAGAAGACGUCCUCGAUAAGUUUAUCGGUUGGCUCCGGGAGAUGCCGAUGCCGCCGCAGGUCGGCCGGUUUGGGAGCUUGUAUGAGUUCCGCAGACACUUAAAAGAGAUGGCCAACACACCGUUUCCCAAGCAGAUCCACGUCAUCGUUGAGACAGGUGGAGGGGCGCAGCUUUCGGUGCCUCUGCGAUUCAGCCAGAUUGGCGAGGCAGCGGCUGAAAUCCGCGAUCUUUUGAGGGACAUUGCCGGUUUUUUCUAA